AUGGUCGCUUACUUUGCUUCAUUAGCUUCGUUAGAUAACAAUUUCGAAGAUUUACGACCACGUAGACCUACCAAGGUUUCUCCCAGAUCUUCCACAAGCUCUUCUCCAAGAAAUAAUGCUGGGGAACAUUCGCCAACGAGCCAAGAUUCGUCCGACAUUCUUCAACUUUCUCCAACAACAAGUAUGACGAAAUUACCAGUAGAAAGGACUCGUUCACAUUCGAAUAGUGGUAACAGUACCUAUUCUUCAUCUUCAGUUUCGUCGAGUGGGUCUCAGAGUGUUAGACGAAACUCACCAUUAGAAAGUCCACAACCUCUGGAAAGGUCGAUUCGUGAAAUGGCAAGAAAUUAUGUGAUCAAUAUUGAAAAGUUCCUGUCUACCAAUAAUCAUGAUGAAAAUGAGAGCUUUUCAGAGUUUCUCAAGUCUGAAUGUAAUUUGGCCCCUUUAGAAUUUUAUCAGAAAGUAACCGAAUUCACGACUAAACCGGAAAAGAAGGAAUUGGCACGUUAUUUGAUAAAGAAUUAUAUCAAGGAAAGAAGUAAUAGUGAAAUUAAUAUUGCAAAUAAUGUGAGAGAAGUCAUUUUGAAGGAAUAUAAGGAAUGCAAGCACAACAAUAGUCAAGUUUCGUCUAAUAUUUUCGAAAAGGCCUGUAAUGAAGUUAAACUGUCGCUCAAGAAUGACAGUUUCACAAGAUUUGUUGCCAGUGAACAAUUCAGCAAGUUAAUUUUGAAGAAAUUCAAUCAAGCAAACAAAUCACUAGAUUCGAAUAAUUCUACAGAAAUAUUGGAAUCCAUUUUCGAAUCAAUUGGUUCUCUCUCCCCACUUUCCUCUCCUAAAUUCUCUGCUCAUUCUCAUCCUCAAAAUAUUGUAAACAAAUCUUUGGAUACUAUUGCAAACUCUCAAAUUAUUGUAACUCCUCCAAAUGAGUAA